AUGCUCGAUACCACCGACAUCGACCACAUCGACAUCGACUUUACGGAUCGUGAAGAGACGAAUUCCGCGUUCCAGCUCGAAGGCUUCUUCGAGCUUUGGGAGGAAUGGGCACAAGCGCUCCGGGACGAGGACAACGACCAAAAGGAAGGCUGUGGUAAUCCGGACUGCGGUGACACCCCGCCUUGUGAUCCUCUGCUCGACGACAUGGCUUGCGGACUCUGCGCGCUCCAGGGCCCCGAGGCUUACGACCAAUGUGGCUUCUUCAAGCAAUACAUGGCCUAUCACCUCCAGCACGAUGCGGGAAUGCCAAUCACAAGCAUCCCUGGGUUUCUUGAACAGUUUCAAACCUUCAAGACAACACUUCUAGGAGAUCGCCCUCCCUCAGCCUCACGCGCAGGCGUUAAUGGUGACAUGUGGAUUUGUCUCUGGAAGGCCAGAGAUCUUAUGCCUAACAUUCGAAGAUUCGCGUAUACCUUGCCUGCUGUUAGGGCUGCCAACGAGAUGGAGUCGACUCUUGAGGCCGCCAGAAAGAUCAACGCUGUCAUCACUGCAGAAGCUGUAAGAUCGCGCCGGCGCUGGAUUCGUCUUAGCCGAAUUCUGAACCGUGCACUCAACAAGCUCGAAGAUCCCGCUCUGAGUGCCUCUCGAAAGGUGGCCCGUACUCGCGAUAUUCUAAAUGAAAGCCGUACUGCAGGCCUAUUAUUUGUUCCAUAG